CUCUCUCUCUCCAAACAAUUCACAAUAGUGGGGAUACUGACAAGUGUCUGAGAAGAAGUUUCUCUCCGGAAUUUCCUCCAAAGACUCUGCUUUACAGAUCUGUUUUCUCUCCUCUCUUUACAGCAACAAGGCAAAAAGGAAACAAAGAACAGAAAUUUGUCAGAUUGAAGGAAAAAGAUUAUCCAUCCGGUGAAGAUAAUGGAGGGACAAUAUGGGAUUCCAGAGGAAAAUGAUCAAAUAUUUCCACCCGCAGAUGUGGACAAAGAAUUGAAUCCUGGCCGCAACAAGAGUUUCGAUGUUGAUCCUGUCUCUUCCCAAGUUGCUGCCUCAAAAGAGAAUAAGGAACAAGCUGAAGCAGCCAGAACUCAGAAGGAAAGGGAAAAGAGGGAUGCACUUCAAACCCUCAAGUCUGCCCUAAUUAUUUCAGGGAUUGUUGUUGCAGUGGCUGGGGCAGUAUUUGCCAUAACCAAGAAACUAAAGGAGAAAUGAAGCUUAUUUAAUUGUGGGAUUUUUAUCAAUAUCCCCAGCCAUUAAUUUUCCUUUAUAAUAAUUCUCCUUCUCUGUUA